GCACACAGUGACUCAUUUAGGAAGCAAGGGGGGGCAAAAAUAGCUCUGAAGUACCCCUACCCAUAAACCAGCCCUCUUCACCACUUGGUCCUGUCAAUCAGAGCUCAUAACAAGAUGGCAGACAAAAGGAACUGGGGGUUCUGCUUGACAGUAUGUUUGGCCAGCUUCUUGGUGGCCAAGGCAGACAUAAAGGUUUCUGCCCCCGUGGGACAGCUAUUUGUGUUCGAGCUGCAGAGAGAGACUUUCCAGAAUGAAUUUGAACCUUUCCUGAAACACUAUGGCAGAGUCUACAAUGAUCCUAUGGUGUUUAAGUGCAACAAACAGUCCUUCCCUGACCUGCCUGAGUGGCUGCGUUUUACCCAGAGGCACCCCUAUGACAAUGGCUUCUUGUACGGUACACCUAUGAGCGCGGGCAAGAGCAUCAUCGAGAUUACAGUCAUCAACAAACGCAGCUAUGACACGUUCAGAGAAAGGCUGAUCAUAAACAUCGGCCCUCGGGCGAACAAGAUGCCUUUUCAAGCUGAAUUCUUCAUCAAACUGAGGGAGAUUGAGAAGGUGCUGCCCUCUACAGUUCAGGCUGCGAUCAAGCAUGAUGUCAUGAGGAUGUGGGAGACCGACAGGCUGGAGUUUGUCAACAUCACCUCUGCUCUGGACCGUGGUGGCAGAGUCCCUCUGCCCCUGGCCGGACACUAUGAGGGUGUGUAUGUGAAGAUGGGGUCAGACCAGUACUACUCCAAGUGCCUGCUGAAGCUCCAGAGCCCGGACCACCAGAGGCAGUGUGAGGAAGGAGGCCGGAGAGAGACAGGAGACUGUGCCAUCUGUACCAUCCCCAGCAACUGUAUCACCUGGUGCAAGUCAACCCUGAUUGAUUUGUCCAGGCCCGUGGCUGCACCUCCGGCCCCCUCCAUGGGCUCAGGGGUUCUGGAGGCUGGGGGCCAGUAUGACUCCCUGGACUCUCCCCCUACCAGGGACUACUUCCUGGACUACAUAGUGACGGUGUUGGUGCCUCUGGUCUUGGCCAUACUGCUGUGUCUUCUCCUGGCCUACAUCAUGUGCUGCAGGCGUGAGGGCGUGGAGAAACGGGACGCAAGGACACCCGAGAUACAGCUCUACCACCACCACACCAUCCACGGCAACAGCAGCGAGCUGAGGAGUAUGGCUGGGGCGCGCGGCGUCCCUCCUCCCCUGUCCACCCUGCCCAUGUUCAACUUCCGCACUGGGGAACGCCCCCCUCCUCUCCAGUCCGACAGCCCCAGUAUUCCUCUCAUCAUGGCCCAGCAUGAACCCAACAUUGACUCACUGUCCAGGAAAUGACACGAUGGCACAAUAAGGAAAUGAAGUCACAAUAAUACAAUGGGACUUUGUAUGCUUAUACUUUGUAAGUUUGCUGAGUUUGCUGUGGUCUUUUCACAUAAUCCCUGUGAGGGUAAAUAUUUCAAAGUGAUUAUAUUUGGAAUAAUUUAUUACAGAAUAUUUAUCAUUUGUAACCUCUUCUUGUGAAUAUGUUGUCUCUGUCUAUUGCUUUGAAUGCACACAACACUCCAAUAAAUAGUUGUUGUUUUUCAAUUAGA